UCUGGACUUAGUAAUAUUCUAGAAAAGGAUAUAGGAUAUACUAUGAUCACUAUGGAUGUGAAAGGCAUAACUUGGGUGGGAAAUAUAUACAAGAAAUUUGAGAAUAUGUGCCUGGAAGCUGAAGAUAUAAUCUGCGAGGAUGCAGUUAAAUAUAUAGAGAAUCAGAUGCAGACUGUUGGCACGAAUGUUAAAAAGUUAUAUUCAGAUGUUAUGCGAGAUUUCAUUCCUCCAUGUUCCUAUGAUUUGGAUGAAAAAGAAGCCUCUGGACCUGUAGAUCAAUACAUUGAUGCUUGGUUAUUUGAAAGGCCAUUUCAAAGUUUGAAGCAAAAACCUAUGAAGGAAGAUUUCAAACAAAAGAAAUAUGAUUCGGGAAUUCAUCAUGAUAGCAAUAAUGAUACCAUUCGUGCUGCAUCUGAUGAUGGAACUUGUCAUUCUGAUGCUAUGUUCAUAUCAUCUUCUAGAAGUUCGGUCAGAAGAAGAAACUUCAUUUCACAUUCAAGACAUUAUGUUGAGACCACGAAUAUCAAAUCGAAUAUUCGUAUCGAUGGAAAUCAAGUAAAUAAAAGAGUUGUUGCAUCCAAGAAAUUCGAUAAAACCCCUCUGGCAGAAACAAAUGUAUGCAGGGCAUCCCAAUCUUGUGAGACCUCGAAUGAAGAUAUAAGUCCUGCAGUUGGUGAUUCAAAGCCGCCUUCAUCUGAAGUUACAAGGUGUUCCUCCAUAGCAGACUCUUGUAUCGAAAUUGAAAAUGCUAGUUCUGAACAAUCCCCCAAUGUUCCGGAAUUCACCAAAUCAGGGUUAUCUUCCGAUAGAACAAUACAGGCUGAUGAUUGUUCUUCCAGCAUGGUAGUGAUAUCUCAUCCAGGGCACAAAACCAUGCAACAAGAUAAUCUGAAUCUCGAGGAAACUUGUGUUAUGGUGACUGGAGACGAACUUAAAUUAGUUCCCAAGGUAGGCGAUAGUUCGAAGACUAACAAGAAAUCGAGGCGGCGAGUCUUUUCGCUGGCGAAGAAGUCUGCAAGAAAGCAAGAAUAUGAAGAGCUUGCAGCAUGGCAUGGGAACGGUGAAAAACUAAAUGGAGAUUGUGUGGAGAAAUUAGAUCCACUUCCUAGCAUUUCUGAACCUGAGUGGGAGCUUCUCUAGUUUUCAACCUUUCAUAAUUGAAAACCUCUCCUUAUAGGUCUUAUGGAGGUUGAGAUUUCAUUGUGGAAUUCCAAGAAUCAAGAUGCUAAUAAUAUUUGAAUUCAUGAUAUAUAUGUCAUCACUAGUUUCUUCUUAUCGCCCAAACUUUCUUCCUUCUUUUAUCUAUUUCAUGCUCACAGAAAAUAGGAAGGGAAAGAACCUAAAAACAUUGUAUAGCCACUAAAUUGUAAAUAUUGAAUGUAUCUUAUUUCCAUAUUCUCCACCAAUUGUUGUGUAAUUUGCAUGCCUUUUCUUACU